ACAACAUCACUGAUUUCGCUCCACCGCAAUCAGCGGGAAACUCAACACAUCCAAUUGCAUCCAACGACACGGACAGAGGAGACACAUAUCAGCCACAGUUCGUACCUGAUAUGUCAUCUAAUUUCAAGCGCGAUAGUCAUCAGUAUACAAAAGGAUCAUAUUCAGAAUACAGAGGUAGUCAUGAUUAUGCACGCAAUCUACGCAUACAGCAAUUCAACGAAGGAUAUAGACCAGAAGCCCGAAACUCGACUUCUGAUCAGUCAACAUUGCAGACUAGGACAGGUUCAGCAUCAUAUCGAGACGGUCUACCCACGCACCACACUAGAGGUGGUGAUGAUGACUACGACACAAAUUCAGUGGUCUCCUCCAUAUAUUCGCAACCGAGUGCCAUGGCAGCACAUAGUGACCGCGCAUCACAUGUACACGAUUUUUCUUCUGAAACUGACAGACACAAUCGGACGCGUGAUCAAGCGGUGCCUAAUGAAGAAGAAAAGCCUUACGCUUACGAUCGUAGGGGAUAUGAAGAUGCCGGUCACUAUGAACAGACCCAUUCAUACGAGGAUUAUCAGAAACGUAGGAACAUCUCAACUUCCGCUGCUGAACCAGAACAGCAAUUGUAUGAAGCAGGCUAUGAGGGAGAUUACCCAUAUAAUGUGAACGAAGAACAACCUGUGGAAGGUGGAUAUUAUGGAGAAAAUUACCGCCCAGUCGAUCUUUACG